AAUACAGGACAAAAGGUGGUCUGCUGCAGCAGUGCAGGCAUGGUUUUGUUUGUAUACAGUGUAGCCUAUUUUGUCCAAAUGAUAGCUAAUCCCUUAAUUAAAAUUGUAUAAUAACUCUUAUGCCUUGGCAACAUACAAUGGGUUUAUUAACAGUUUGUUGGUACAGCAGGUACUUUUAACACAGUCCUUAAAUUGAACCAUUACCGUAUAACGCUGCUGAAAAAAACCAGCAUCAAACCAGCAUGGGAAUUAUGCUGGUCUAUGCUGGUUUAGCUGGUGGUCACAGCAUACCAGCACCAAAACACAACAUAUGCUGGUAUGACCAGCAUGGGAUGCUGGUGCUAAUGCUGGUUUAGCUGGUGCUAAUGCUGGUUUGGUGCUGGUUUAGCUGGUGCUAAUGCUGGUGCUGAUGCUGGUUUGAUGCUGGUUUAGCUGGUGUUCACUAGCAAACCAGCACCAAAACACAACAUAUGCUGGUCUUGCUGGUAUGCUGUUUUUUUCAGCAGGGAAGACAAAACAGUUGUGACUUCUGCACUAAGGGUAAUUAAACGUUAUCCCCUUCAUGUUCAUCUUACAUGUGACAAACUAAAACUAACAUAGAUUCAAUGAUUCUGUGAGCUGUAGUUUUGCAGAGUCAACUUCAAAUACUUUAAUUAAAACACACAGGAUGUGAAUUAGAAGUGUGAGAAUGUCCAAGCAAAGUUGGAAAUGUUUUGUUGGGGCCUUUAAGAUCGAUUUAUUACGCAGGUCUGGAUCAGUGAUCUCUUUGUAAUUGAGACUGAGCAUUUUAAUUAUGAAGAUCUUUGCACAAAUAAUAAAAGGAUAACAUGAUAUCAUAUUAUAUGACCCCCUUUAGCGUAUACUGAUUGUGUUUGAGAUUAUUCUCAAGUGUUCAGCACUGCUUGCUACUUGUUUGACUUCAUGCGGUGCCGCAUGAACAGACAGGCGGAUGACAUCAAAGUACCGCGAGAGCAUUUCGAUAGCAGUCCACUUUGUCUGAAUUCUCAAAUCACUCUUGUUGGAUUUUGUCGUCAUCUGCUUCUCAGUUGUUGUGGAGCCACAAGAAGUCGAGCAAGCCUGUUGUAUCAGUCACUGUUUAGAUCAACGUAGCAGUCAAAAACAAGACAUGGGAGGUCACAUACAGUACUAAAAUCAAUGAGACCCAAAAUACGGACAUGCCGACUAAUACGGGACAGUUGGAAACCUAGCUAGAGGGCCUUUCCUGCUUGAAGCCAUCUGUUUACAGCCAAACGGUUGACCACUGUGUGUGUAUAUGUGUCCUGUCACAAAACUCCCACACAACGUUAGUAUUGUGAUUGAAGUGUGUAGGUCAUGAUGCACUUUGAUAAUGAAGCUAAAAUAUGAAUAUGAAUUUGAUUUGUGUUUACUUUGAUUAUGACUUUAGCCAAAUAAGAGUAAUUAAAAACCACUGUUUACAUCUUAGUUUUGCAGUUGUUUUAUUUGAAUAUUGUUGUGCAUGUAAACAUUGAAACCCACUUGUUUUAGCCACUGAUGCUCCACAUCAGAGCAGCACAUCAAACUGCUAACUACACAACCAGAAGAAAUUAACAGGAGAUUUAGUGUCAUUUGAGGUUAUCAACAUAUAAACAUGCUUUUCACACUGGAAAAGUUAACACCAGGUUAUUCUAAACCCCGGGUUAACGGAAUCCUGGGUUAUCUGUUUCACGUGUCACACUGUUCGUGCUUAACCAGGGGUUAAGAGAUAACCCUGGGUAUUCAUAAUCUGAAGUUACACAUUGUGUAUUCCUAAACCCUAGGUCAGGUGUCUAAAACCCUGCUCAUACACCUGUCUGUAAUUAUCAAACAACCCUGAACACCUUCUGUUUCAGCUGUGUUCAAUUUGGGUCAAAAGUUAUUAUAUUAUAUUUUUUACUUGUUUAAAAAAGCUUUGUUGCAUGUUUAAUUUUUAUUAGGUAAUAAAAAAGACAGUCCAAUAAGAUAUUGUAGGUGGAGCAGUAAAUGUUCUCAAGAAACAGAGCUUUCAUUAAGCUGUUUUGUUGUAUGUAUUAAAUGUUUUUAAAAGUACAUUCCAUCAAUUAAUUUCCAUGUGGAUUUGUCAACAUUUAGAGGAAUCUCUCUGUAAAUAGCAGUUGUUUUGGACAGUAGCACGAGGUGCUGUGCUGAUCCCCUUGUCUGUAGCGUAACAGCAAAAACACUAAGCUGUGUUCAUACAGCGCUGCGCAGAUCGAACAAGAUAUGACAUCACAGUACCGCGAGAUCAAACUUUAUCAAUACGUGCUCGAAUCGCUCACGCGAUAUUUCAACGUGACAUCCUUUCGGCCUUCCUAUCAACGACACUUUUACUACGCAAGUCAGCAGCAGUGGAUUCGUUUCCCUGGAAAUGCAGACACGUGAUAAUGACAUCACCGCUGUUAGCCCCAAUUUCCCGCGAAGCAGACUACACGCGCUCAUUAUAGGAGGAAAGUCACUGCAGUCGCCAUGAUGCUGGGUAUACCAAGGCAGAAAAAACGAAAAAGACCUCAACAGGAUGCUGAGCAUCACAUUACUUGCAAAACAGACAAGCCUGAGCUUUAUGAGCAAGUUAUCAGCAAAUAUAAAGGACGUGGAGUUUUCACCACUGAAGCAUUUUUUAGAGGUGAUUUUGUCCUUGAAUACAGAGGUGAACUUCUGACUUCAGAGGAGAGCCUUGAUCGAUCUAAACUCUACAAUGACGUUGAGAACACAUUCUUGUUUGAUUUUCAGUGGCAUGGCAAAAAUUGGUGCAUGGAUGCAUCCAAGGAAGAUGGGUCUUUGGGAAGACUUGUAAAUGAUGAGCACAGAAAUCCUACAUGCAAAAUAAGAACUGUUGAAGUGAACAAAAAACCUCAUCUGUGUCUUUUUGCUGUACGAGAUAUUCAACCAGGGGAAGAAAUCACUUACAGUUAUGGAGAUUCAGAUUGGCCUUGGCGAGCUAAGGUAUCAUCAACAGAAUCCAGUGAUGAAAGCCCAGUCAGCAGUUUGGAUUUGCAGAAAUUGUUCCAUCAGGCUCCUCCUGUUUCCUCAUCUGCCUUGUAUAAGGUGUACAUCAAUGAACCACAUAAGCAAGUUGAGCCACAACAGUCAGGCAAAGCAAGUACAUCAGAGAAUAAAAUGAAACUCAAAGAUUGCCAUGAGCGCUUUAACAGAGCACAAAUUAAAACGAAAAAGACUGCCAUAGAGCCAUUACAAGAAUAUUUCAUGCCCUCAUCACCUGUGAAGACCACAUCAUGGUCCUCUUCUAAUGUGCAGCCCUCAUCACCUGUGAUGACCACAUCAUGGUCCUCUUCUCAUGUGCAGCCCUCAUCACCUGUGAUGACCACAUCAUCUUCCUCUGCCCUUGUGCAGCCCUCAUCACCUGUGAAGACCACAUCAUGGUCCUCUUCUCAUGUGCAGCCCUCAUCACCUGUGAUGACCACAUCAUCUUCCUCUGCCCUUGUGCAGCCCUCAUCACCUGUGAAGACCACAUCAUCUUCCUCUGCACUUGUGCAGCCCUCAUCAUCUGUGAUGACCACAUCAUCGUCGUCUUCUCCUGUGCAGCCCUCAUCACCUGUGAAGACCACAUCAUCGUCCUCUUCUCCUGUGCAUCCCUCUACACCCUUGCCCUGUGCUGCUUCCACCCCUGUGAUUUCCUCAUCACAGGUGUCUGAGACACUAUCUUUAAUGGAGUAUUCUGGGAGUGCCUACAGUGAUUCAGAUGUUACGGACUACAGUGAUGUUGACUACAUACCCCAGAUCAGCUCAGAUGAAUCAGAUGGAAGUGCUUCUGGACAAAGCAAGGCUGAAAGAAGUUCAGAUGGAUCAAACAAUAAGUUUGAAUGUAGUGAUCCUAGACCCAACAAACGUUUAAGACAUACUAAAUCAACCCUUUCAAAAAGGAAAGCUGAAGAGGCAGGUAGUUCAUCUGCCAAAUGUAUGACAGCAGUGUCAUCAAAAAGGAUGAAAUGCCAAACUGAAGAGACCAAAACCUCAUCUGACAAAAAGACUUUGGUUCAGUCAAUGCCAUCACCACAAAAAAAGAGCAGGUCAUAUAACAAAAAACAGUAUUGCCUUUAUUGCUCUAAGCCAUAUGCAAAAAUGGCAAGACACCUUGAGUUUGUACAUCGCAAUGAAGUAGAGGUUGCAAAGGCUGUAGCUUUCCCAAAACGAUCCAAAGAACGAAGAGUCCAGUUAAACCUUCUUAGAAAAAGGGGCAACUUUGCCCACAACACAGAUGUGGUGAGAAAAGGGGAAGGUGAGAUGAUUGCCUGCUACCGUCCAAAAAAGUGCAAAAACCCCAAAGAAUUUAUCCACUGUAUUCACUGUCAAGGCCUUUACAACAAGCUCAGCCUAUGGAAACACAUUAAAAACUGUCCACUUAAACCGAAGGAUGAUGAUGCUCAGGGCAGAAAAAGAGUAAGAUCUCUUUGUGCCCUAAAAACACCUGUUGGCUUAGAGGUGAGUAAAGGUUUCAAGAAAGUACUUUCCCUGAUGAACUAUGACGAAGUUUCAAGGGUGAUUCAUAGUGACAGAUGCAUCAUGCAACUGGGAGAGCACAUGUUUAACAGGAUGGGAUCUGAUGUGACCAAACAUGACUACAUCCGACAGAAAAUGAGAGAAGUUGGCAGACUUCUUCUUGAAGCAAGAAGGAUAACCCCACUGAAAACAAUGGAGGACUUCAUGAUACCAGCAAACUUCAAACAUGUCAUAUCAGCUGUGAAAGUUGUGUCUGGCUUUGACGAAGAGAAGAACUCUUACCGCAUUCCCUCUUUAGCCCUCAAACUUGGACAUUCUUUAAAAAAGAUCUGUAGCAUUGUUGAAAGUAAUGCGAUGAUGUAUGGAGACCAUGAGCGUGCUGAGUGUGCUCGAGACUUCAGAAAAGUACACCAAGCAAGGUGGAAUGAAUACAUUUCUGCUGGUGCUAUAACUACAUUGAAGGAAGCCAAGUGGAAUGCACCACAGAUCAUUCCUUUCACUCAGGAUGUCAAAGUCCUGCACGCACAUCUAGAAAAGAAACGGGAUAAAUUCCUUAAUAAACUUAAAAACUGCCCGUCUGCAGACAGCUAUGCUGCUUUGGCCAAAGUCACACUCUCCCAAGUUAUCCUGUUCAAUAGACGAAGAGAAGGUGAGGUGUCACGGAUGCUUUUGUCAGCUUUUCAAAGCCGGGAUUCUUCUGAGCUGCAUGAAGACAUAGCCAUCUGUCUUUCUGAGUUCGAGAGGAAGCUGUGUAAACACUUUACCAGAGUAGAGAUCCGUGGUAAGCGAGGGAGAAAGGUCCCUGUCCUCCUCAAACCUUCAUUGGUUUCUGCCAUGGAGCUGCUUGUUGAAACACGUGAGGCUUGUGGUGUCCCAAAUGAGAAUCCUUUUAUGUUUGCCAGAUCUGGUGCAAUGUCUGCCUACAGAGGAGGAGAGUGCAUAAGUAAAGCUGCUCGUGAAUGUGGCAUUAAGAAUCCUGAAGCUCUUUCCUCAACCAGGCUCAGGAAACACAUAGCUACCAUGUCAAAGAUUCUCAACCUUGAUGAAAAUGAAGCAGAUCAACUGGCUGAUUUUCUCGGUCACGAUAUAAGGAUCCACAGACAGUAUUACCGGUUACCAGAGGGGACAUUGCAGCUGGCAAAAAUGAGUAAGGUCUUAAUGGCAAUGGAGAAAGGAACGCUGUCCAGCUUUAAAGGAAAGAGACUUGAUGAAAUUGAAAUCGACCCAAAUGAGCAACUCGAGGCCGAAGGUGAUACAAUGUCAAGUGAUGAAGAGGAUUGUAGUGACCUACCUCAGACAACAUCACCAGUACCAGCAGAGACUGAUCAACCAUCUGCUUCACAGAAAGAUCAAGGUUCAUCAAUACCUCCGAAAAGAAAAUGGGAAGAAGUUGAGGUAAAAGCUGUUGAAAAACACAUGAUGAAGUUCAUAAAGACAUGCAAAGUUCCUGGUAAGCAAGACUGCGAGAGAUGCAUUCAAGCAGAGCCAGAAGCCUUGAAGGAACGUACGUGGACUGGUGUGAAAAAUUAUGUGCGAAACAGGAUCACCACUUUAAAAAAACAGGGUGGAUUAUAGGGGAGCAAAUAAAAACACUUUUUUUCUUUUUACUGUAAAAAACAGAGCAUGGUGAGGAAAAGUUGCCAUGUUACAAAAACAUAAAAUAAUGAAUGUCUUUUCUAGAAUAACUUUUUAAUAUGUUUAGGGCUGCAAAA